CAGACCAACAACGGCAAUGGAUGUGCAGUCAAUGCUGGCACAGAUCCAGGAGAACCACCAGGCUUCUCUGCAUGCGUUGUCCACCCAAGUACAUGCUCUUCGAGACACAUGUGACCUCCAGGAGAAAGAGAUCCAGCUUCUACGACAAACCUUUGCCAGGGACAACGCGAAAGCCGUUGUGGAACGCAUGUUGCUGCGACGACAACUUGAAGAAGCUCGCGCUUCUGCUAGUGCACUAAGCGAGACAGUGACGUUGCUGAACCACGAGCUGCAGACCAAGUCCAUGGAGUCCGAUGAUGUCGAUCAGGUCACGACAUCGCCGCAGGUUGACCCGCAACAGCAGUCAGCACCGACCUCUCCCACACUGCGGACAUUGCCUUCUCGUAAUGAUGUGUCUCCUACUCACAGCAGUGCAUCUGCACCAAGUCGCUUAUCCUCGUCGCAUGGACUUCCACAACCGCGUCCAUUGACAACAGCAUUGCCAUCCUCGAACUCGCAUUACGGCUACGAAUUCGACGGCCUUGCUUCCCACGCAACCGUGACCUCUCAUAGCCCGCACCGCCGUCCCAACUCGUCCUCCUUCGAACCCCACUCGAGCUAUCGAAUACACGAGCAUCAACCGUUGUCCCCCAUGUCAUCGCCAUCCAUAGGCCACCGGCGGCGGCGGCGUCGUGACAGCUGCGAGCACAUGCUGAGUACCACCACUGUCGACACGAGUAUGGACUUUAGUUAUCCCUGGACGACCACGUCUACUGCUGCAUCCUCGUCCAAACCCCGUCCGCAGCAUCCCACCAGCCAGGCCGUGUUACUAUCGUCGCCGCCCCAUCGCCAGCAGCGACGGGAUCUUCAAGUCUACACCAUGCACUCCGUUUCCCCAAGUCUUCCAUCCCAUGAGGAGCAGCUGCCACCUCGGCGCCCUUCCACCGACAGCACACGUCCGAAGCGAAGCAGCCCCAUCUCGAGCAGUUCCCGCCUCGACCAAGAGCUCAAGAACUUGCGAGCCAAGCUCCAAGCGUGCUCGCGGUCUUCAGGAAGUUUAUAGUACUUCGAAGUAACACAAACACAUAUUGUCCUUUUACCCAAA